GAGUCAGCGGUGCUGACGGCAAGGUGACAAAAGUAGCGGUAGUAGUAGCAGCGGUCGUUGUUGAGCAACAGCCGGGCAGCGACUCGGGCGACGACGACUCAGAUGCCGCAUGGGCCUCGGAGCGCACUCGCAAGCUCCCGCGCUCGCUGCUGCAAGCCUCGGUGACAAGAGCUGAUCAGCUCGUCUCGUCGAGCACGCGACGCUGGAGGUGCUGCAGGGGGCGACGGACGACGACGACGACGCCGACGACCUCGCCACCAGACGAUCGCGUCCCCCGAGCGUCAUCCUCCCCAAGGGCAGCGGAGCAGCAGGACACGGCGACACAAAGCUCGGCAGCGGCGGCGGCCUACGCUCGGUCAGGACGACGGGGCCCGGCACGGGCCCGCUGCAGACAGGGCCCCAGCCCCUGGCGUUGCUGUUACUGCUAUUGCUACGCGCGCAGUCGUUAUACGACUCCGAGUCGAGGAGCUGUCCUGGUAGCGGUCUCACCACCGGCUCGCCGCCGACGAUCGCGACUCGACGCUUCUUAACCGUUAUCAUCGCCAUCUCCGGGGCCAAGAUUAUUGCCGCUAUCAGCGAGCUGGGAAAUCGAGCAGCAGCAGCAGCAGCAGCACUAGCCACGAUAGGCCGGGGCCCGAGACACCGUCAGCGCCGAACUAUCGUCAGGCAGAUUAGCAGGCGACGAAAAAAGAAGAGGCGAAGGAUACGUAGGUGCAGCGUAGCGUCGUCAGCAAAUUGGACAGAGGCACGUCGGAAAAAGCAAAAAAUUUGUGUCUCAACAAUAGCAGUGGUGGUAACUGAUCGACGGACUAAUUGCGCCAAAUCGAAUCUACGACUGAAAUUCAAAAUCAGACCACAACUUUGAUUAAGGCCUCCGACCUGACGACGCACAAGAAACACAUACACGCGCGUUUAGCAUAGAAAAAUACUACCUACAAAUUACGCACACUUUCAAGCAUUGUACAUUGUAGAAAAAUUCUCUCAACGAUAGUCGAUGUCAUCUAGUGUGCUUAAGAUUUCUUCGAGUGAAGUUUUUACAAGCAAGUUAAUACGUAAUUUCGUCUCGAUUAGUUUUUCAAUUUUUCUAGUUUAACACGACGCAUUGCGUAUGAAGAGUAAUCAGUGUGUGGUAUAAAAAAAGCCCAGUGUGAUAUUUAUAAAAAAAAAAAAGAAGAAGAAGAAAUUUAAUGAUCAUUGCUAGGUGAUUCGGCACGGCAAAAUAAAGUGUGAUAAGUAUAUGAAUAUAUGAAAAUAAGAAUUAUAAAUAUAUAUGUAGAUGCUAAAAAAGAGGUAUAAAUAAUUAUAGUAAUAACAAAAAAAUUAAUGAUAGUUAAUGCGAUAAAUGUAAAUGGUGUUGUGUCCACGAAAUUUGCGCGAGUGGUGAUUAACACAAGUUAUAAAAAGUUCUUGAAAAAUAAGUGUAGAAUCUAGAAAAGUGCGUUAGUGUGUAGUAGAAAAAAGGCAGAAAGUUAUCGGUAGCUGGAGAGAAGCAGGAGCUAGGAUAGCUCGCUCGCAGGUGGCUGUGUGGAAGUGUCAGUGUUGAAAAAUCGCAUUCCUCGCCCCAAGGCCGAGGAAACAAGGACGCCGGCGUGUGCGAGUACGCGAAAAAACCGUUGCUGGAGGGCGAGGAGCUGCUUUGGGAAAAGGUCAACAGCAUCACCGCAACCACGGCGGCGACGCAGAUUUCCUUGCUGAGCGAGUGUACCCCGAACGGCCGCAAGCUGCUGGACGAAGAGUGCGCGAGCGACUGGGGGCAGCAGCAGGCACCGCACCAGCAGCAGCACCACCCGCACCACCAUCACCAGCAGCAGCAACAGCAACAGCAGCAGCAACAGCAGCAGCAUAGCAUGAGUUCGUACUUCGCCAAUUCCUACAUCCCGGAUCUGCGCAAUGGCGGCGGCGGGGUCGAGCAUCCGCACCAGCAGCACCAGCAUUACGGGGCGGCGGUGCAGGUACCACAGCCCCAGGCCGUGCAGCAGCCCGGGGUGCAGCAGCAGCAGCCCCAGCAGGCCUCGGACCCGUGCGACCCGAGCCUGCUGCGCCAGGGCGGCGUGCCGGGCCACCACGGCGGCUACGGACAGGCCGCCACGGGACAGCAGCCCGGCAUGCCCUAUCCCCGGUUUCCGCCCUACGACCGGAUGGACAUACGCACGGCGGCCUACUACCAGCAGCAGCAGGAGCACGGCAUGGACAUGGCCGGCUACAGGGCCAGCUCGCCGACGGCGGGCAUGGUCGGACACAUGGGACACACGCCGACGCCGGUGAACGGCCACCCGGCGACGACCCCCAUCGUCUACGCCUCGUGCAAGCUGCAGGCCGCGGCGGUUGACCACCAGGGCAGCGUGCUGGAUGGUUCGGACAGUCCGCCGCUCGUGGACGCCCAGAUGCACCAUCAGAUGCACCCGCAGCAUCCGCACAUGCAGGCCCAACAGACGCACCCGCAGCAGCAGCAGCAGCAGCAACCCCAGCCACAGCCACAGCUCCAGCAGCAGCACGCGGCGGCGAUGCAGCAGCAACAGACGCAGCAGCACAUGAUGUAUCAGCAGCAACAGCAGCAGACGCAGGCCGCGCAGCCGCAGCAGACGGCGCUUCACACCCAGCAGCAGCAGCAACAGCACCAGGGCGUCGUGGCGUCGCCGCUGGGCCAGCAGCAGCCGGGUACGCCGCAGGGCGCCAAUUCCGGAAAUCUGCCUAGUCCGCUCUAUCCCUGGAUGAGGAGUCAGUUCGAAAGAAAACGAGGUCGACAAACGUACACGCGCUAUCAGACGCUGGAGCUCGAAAAGGAGUUCCACUUCAAUCGUUAUCUGACGCGGCGUCGGCGCAUCGAGAUCGCCCACGCGCUCUGUCUAACCGAACGCCAGAUCAAAAUCUGGUUCCAGAACAGGCGCAUGAAAUGGAAGAAGGAGACCAAGACGAAGGGCGAGCCCAAUUCCGGGGACGGUGACACCGACAUCUCACCUCAAACUUCGCCGCAGGGUUGACUCUACGAUUAUUCGGAUACGAUUUAAUCCAAUGCGUUCGUAUGAAAACAAAAAUACAUACUAGGGAAUAAAAAAAAGAGACGACGACGGUUAACGAUAAAGCACAAAGACUAUUAUUAAUUAAAUAAAUAAUAUAUACGCGUACAUUGACCAUGCGAAUGCGACGAAGCUAGAAAAGCACAGUCCAAAUACGCUCGUAUCGAGUAAGAGAGACGAUUGAGAGAGAAACGGAAAAUGUUUUGGAGAAAAAGACGCAGCCGCAGGAGAGCGUGUUUCGCGCCACUCUCAACGGAACAAGCCAAUCAACUUAUUUCUUUGACGUAUCAUCGUGCACCUACUUACCUUUUCGGGCUUUCUCUCCUCUCAUUCGCAUAUUUCCUUCCCAUUCGAAAGCACGUUGUAUAGGAACAAAAAAGUACUACAAAAUGAAAACGCUUAACUUGUCGGUUGUUACAAACAAGCUGCUCGUACCAAAUAUUGAAAGAGGAGGGAGAGACUUAAUAUUGUGAAUAUUAUUAGUUAUGCCCACAUUAACGUGUUCUGUUUUUUUAUUUAAAUAAUUCAUUUUAUUAGGUUCUAACGAAAAUGAAAACCAGUAAAACCCCAAGGCUUUUUAUCCUACGCGAUGUGUACGCAUAAUGCAUUGAACGAAUAAUUACCUGUUAAUGAGAGCCGAGAUAUGUUGAAAGAAAAAUUGUACAUGAGUGAUUAUCAACGAGAUAAUUGGGAAACGUGUGUUGUCGUUUAUUACCUUAAAAAUUGACGGGAAUAUGCGCAAUUAAAAUUAAAAUACGUUUAUACAAAUUAUAAUUUGUCUCGUCGAGGGUAUUUUAUAAUCGAAAGUCUUGUAUCAAAAUAUUGAGUUGAGGCGAUGUACAUUGGCCGUGAAAAAAAUCGUGCUUUAAAAUGCAUUGAAAAUUUUUAUUUAACGACCAUUUUAUAAAGAGUGAAGUGCAUGUGAAUUCUGUGUGUCUGGAAACGAAAUAUUCUUGUAAUGUUAUUAUAUAGAUACAUAUAACAAAAAAAUUAUCGAUGUCUCUUUUAUGUAGAAAGAAAAAAAUUAGCACUGGUAAACACUCGUACGAAGAAAGUCCGCGUGAAUCCAAAAGAUUUGAAGGCAGGAAAAUGUUGGAUUUUGGUUAUAUUUAUAAUUCUAUAAGUAUAAUUGUCGAUAAUGAUAAUUACGAUAGGAUUUGACAAUAAAAUCCGAUGGUAAUUAAUCAUUAUAAACGUGCGUGUAAUUCAUAAUCUAAUCAUUAAGUAUGUAUCGUGCUAGAGGCGUAAACGUCGCGUAGCAUCCAAUAGUAAUUGUAUACAUAUUAUUUUUGUCUUUUCGUGGCUAGUUGUAGAUAUUAUACAUACGAAUUACUAAGGGCUAAUAUAAAUGCGAAGGGUCAAAUAGAGAGAGAAUCAUGCAUUAUUACAAAUACAUACGAUAUAUUUCGUCGUCUUUUUUGUGUAGCGCGAUUUGUAUACAACUUCAUGUAGGACACACAUCGCUUGCCGAACCUUUUGUCUAAAGAUUCUGUUUCGUACGGUUUAUGAAUGAGAAUGUUUGGUUUCUUUGUUUUUUUAAUUUUCACUGUAAUAUCGUAUUUUUUUUAUCGAUCGGCGGCUGAAUUGAGCCUCGCCAGGUUUCGAUUUAUUUUGCAAAAACGGUGACUUGACGUGGAAACGUGCUAAACGGUGUAACGAGCGACUUUCGUUCGAUAUGGUUUUUACCUCUUCGCUUUCAUCUCUUUGACCGGUGCCAUUGUACAUUAUUAUUACUAUUACUAUUUAUUAUUCUCCCAAGUACACAAAACCAAAUAUUAGAUUUUAAGUUUUCAGAAUGAACGAUAUCGGUCUAAGGUAAUUUAUAUAUUAUACAUACAUGAUAUAAAUAUAUAUUUGUAUAAAUUUGUCACUAUAUGAAGUUAAAUAGUUAAUGUGGAUAAUUAAUCAAUUAAGAGAAAUAAAAGUAAUUUAAAAAAAAAAGUAUUGUAUCAAUUGAGGCUCUUGGGGUGGUGUAUGGAGUCGGUAAUAGUUAACACGCGACAGUCAAAAAGGCCAAAAAAUGUCGAGAGCGCAGGUGCACAAUAAUCGGGCUAUCAGCCAGGGCAAGUCACGUAAAAAGCCUUCUUUUAUUUCCUUCUUACCCACCAGUUGCCGUAAAUUUCGCCAUCUCGAGUCAUCCCAGUUUCAACAAUCUGGGUUAAAUGAAAAAAAAAAAAAAUUAAUAAAAUAAAACCGAAAGUAAAAAGCAAUGAUCGGAACUCUGUAGGAAAAUUUUUUCGAACGUUAGAUAGAAGGCGUGACGCAUUGAUAUACGUAUGUAUGUUGAUAGCUAUAUGAAUAUUACACAUAUGAAUAUUUAUAUGCAUAUGCAUAUUAAUAAACGAUAUGUAUAGCAUUUCGCUGGGUCCGAUUGCGUACCACCUCUCGCGACCUUGAUCUCGGUACCAUUGAGUCUUCUCUUAUAUGCGUAGAUGAUGAUGAGUGUUACAUGGUACAAUAAAAAGUGAAAAAAAAUCGUGAGUACGAUACAUUCAGCAAAGAGUCUCUGAGCCUGUUAAACGUAGCUUCGUUGCAAUGGACUCUUUGUACACCGAUGACAUGCGUAGCUCAAUUUCUUUGUAAGCCUAGUCCAAUGAUAAGAUAUACAUUGUAAAUUUUAAUCUGUAUCUUAAUUAUUGAUAAAUAUUCUAAAGUUUUGGUUAAAAGAUGUAAUAAACUUGAGCUUUUACAACAAAAAAAAAACUUUUUAUCGAAUUUUCAUUUUUUUUUUACUCUGUAUUCUGUACGAAGAAGUCCGCACUGAGAUAUCCAUUAACAGGUGAACUUUUGACAUUUUACCAAGGCGUAAUGAUCAUCAUCAUCAUUGCCACUAUGUAAAUAAACGAAAAAGACGUUAUUAGUUCGAUAAAACUUAAAAUAAUCGACUGGUCGAGCGCGAUUGUAUACUCCUUGAAUGAUUUUAGAAAUAUUUUUCUUAUUUUCUCCGAUAAAAUGUAUGAACAUAUGCGGAUGUUGAAAAGGGCCGAAAGUCUCUUUUGUAAAAAACUUUUGCUUCACGGAUACGUGGCUAAGUUACCAACGACACACGAUCGUACGCUUUUACGUUUUUAUUUGUUUACGUUUACUUUUUCCGAUCGCGCGAAAACAUUACGGAAGAAAGGUGUAAGUUCGAAUACACACACACACACACACACACACACACACACAUCUUAUACACACACACACACAAACAUACACAUAAACACACACCCACUGAAACGUUCGUUCAUUUCGUCGCUUAUAUUCGCUUUUGAUAUAAAAAUAUCGAGAAGCGCGCAGCACCCAAUAUUAUCGUUAUUACGCUUUUCUACGCGCGCUGAAACCAUAAAAAAACCGUCCGAUAUCAUGUGCUACGAAGAAAGCUCUAUAUAUACGUAAAAAGGCGCGUCCACAAAGCUCGCGUCGACAAUUUCUAUAUACGUAAAGGAUUUGUGCUCGUUACUAACGUGUAAUCGACAUGUAAGUCAAAAAAAUGUAUUCUCAAAUCGUAUUAUUAAAUAAUUACUGUGUGUAAUAAAACUAGUGCCGCGGAGCUUCUUGAAUCACACGAGGUCUGCAUGGCACGUUGUGACCAUGUAUACUCAGAAUAUACGCCGAUGAAUGAACUAACGUCGUAGUUAAACGAUUUAGAUAAUCCUGAUCAUCCGCACAUGAAAAAUAAAACAUAUAUAUAAUCCAAGUUGUACAUGUGAAUCGCGCGUCGUGACAAAAUAUUGUGCUGUGUUGUAAAAUUAGUUUGUCACUUACAUAGGUUUUUAUUAUUCACGAAUAAAGUAUGAAGGAAGGCGAGUAGAUAAAAGUGAGUGAAAGAAAGACGAUAAUGUUUAAGGAGCGUAAAGAAAACGAUAUACGUAAAUUGAGAUAAUACAAUAUUACAAUUAUAUAAAAUAUGUAUACACAGGUUUAAAUAUACGAAAAAAAGGAGAAACAAUUAUCGAUUUUAGAUUGAACGCGUGAGAUUUUUCGAUGAUAAAAUGCGGUCGUACGUUAAAUGCAUAAUAAAAAGAUUUAAAAUACGCCCUGUGCAAAUGUACGACUUUAUUAAUUAAACUUGAAUAAAAAUUAUACGCAUUAAAAUUAUGAAAAUAAGUCAAA